UCCUGCCUUGCAAGGGCGCCAUCUUCAUCGACUGUGGCAACAUGCUGUUGGGAGAGGUCCACGAGGGGAAGACGGUCGUCCAGCUGCCACUUGACUCUGAAACGCGGAUUAAGACUGGCAAGAUCCCUGCCUACGCGUGGGGGUGCAUCUUGCCUGAAAUGGCAGUCACGUAUUUCCACGGACUCGAAGACGACGACACGUUUUGGGAGGACCUUGGCCUGAGCCCCUCGGGCACAGCAGCGGAGAGGGAGGAGACCGAAAGGCUCAAGAAGCUGUACUGGGCAACUAUAGGGCAGCUCGCGGACAGGGGACUGGUGGAGAAAGAAGAGGAAACCGGAAAGCCGUGUACUCUCUGCCUGGGAGACACAGCGAUCAGCUUCGCCGGAGGCGAGCUGAUCCGCCACGUUGUCUCCGGCGCUCGAAGCGACGACCUGUCCAUCGAGAAGACAGAAGAUUGGUCCGCCGCGCUGGACCCGGUCGUGGCAACCAGACACACGAGGGCAGGUGAGUACUCAAGUAGGGAGCAUUGUGUCUCUGCACUUAUGUCUGCUGUCGUGGGUGCAGAUCGCUGCCUACAUUUUAUAUUCUGAUGGCCUGGUGACAAGACUUCUGCGUCCGAGAAGCUCUUUUGCUCGAGCGUGGCGGCCGCCCGUGCAUUUGUGUGGGGCCGUCAGUGUCGACGGCCCCAAGUGGUGCAUCCAGUGACCAUGUGGGGGGGAGAGAGUUGAGGAGCACAAGGCCAGCAUCGCCGGCGCAUGGUAGCCAUGGACGGGGGGAAACCAAACGAGAAAGGCAGUAGGCAGCACAUCUGUAUGCGUGUGCAUCUGUGUGUGCGUGUUUUUGUGCAUCGCAUCAAUCAGGGUGACCUACGGGAUGCCGUUGGAGGGCCGCUUCAACACCGGCACCAAGAAGGAGCAGUACGUGAACACCGCCUGCGUCAAGUGCGGCUGCCUCGCCAUCUAUGAGCUGCGUAAGUGUGCCUCGAGGGAAGGCAAUGAAUGCACACACGCCUCGCACACGUGUGUGUGUAUGGUGACCUGCCUGUGUGUGUAUAUGUGUGUGUCUUCUGUUCUGUGUGUGUGCAGCCCGCCACAAGGUGCGGCUGUGCUCAGAGUGCGCGGACGUAAGGACACGCAGAGCGUUGAGGGCCACAAGGACACAUGCAACAUGCAACAUGCAUUGCAGCGCCGCAGGCGUCUCAAGCGCCGCGUGGCUCGCCCGCAGCCGCACGACGGGUGAGUGAAUCCAUCUAUCCAUCCAUCCAUGCAUGCGGCAAUGGAUCCAUUCAUGCGUUCCUUCAUGCACACAUCGGCUGUGUGAUGUUUGUGUCUGUUUUCUUGGUGUAGGGUGCCCGACGUUGAGAUGGCUGACGCACCGCAGCAGCAGCCACCCUACUGGGAGCGACCCUUGGCCUAUCGCCAGGUACAAGGGCUCUGGGCCGGCAGACUCUGGGCGCGCCGAUGAGUGUGUGAAGCGACUCGGGACUAUCUUCUUGCUCUGGGUGCCAUGCUGGCGGACGUUGACGUGUUUGAUUCCAAAUGCGUCUGGCCCCCUUGCUAUUUGGGUGAAGCGUGCAACAACGCGGCAGACUCCCAAGGCGUCAAGACGACCUUGCUCAAACAACUACUAGAGGACAAGGCUUCUGGAAAACAAUGGGAGGGUGUCAGCGCUGCGGCGGUCCUCCUCCGACUGGAUGCUGCGUUUGAAUGGGUACACCACGCCCUGCGGUGUCUCUCAAUAUGCGUGUGUGUCUCGUAUGUAUGCACGUGUGCCCCGUAUGUAUGUGUGUAUGUAGCCAUCCCGCUCCCCCCCUCCCCCUCCCCCGCAGCUGCCGCCCGAGGUGCUCACCUGCAUCAUGCAGUUCAUGCCUAGUGGGGCUGACAUAGGGCGGAUUGAGAGAGUCUGCAGCGCCUGGUGCGAAGUCUCCCACGCCGGCAAGGACAUGGUGUGGAAGCGCCACGUGCAGGACCAAAAGGCCAAACUCGUGGCAGCCAGGUGAGUGAGGUCCGCAGAUGUCUUGCAUGCAUGAGUCCGCGGACCUCUGUAUGUUGUCCUGUCUGUAUGUUGUCCGUCAACGAGGGGGAAAGUGAGAGCUUCUUCUUCCCGCCGGCCUCGACGACUGCAUAAUCGGCCAGAAGGCCGCCAAGGAGGCCGUGGCGAUCUGCCUCCGUAAGGCACGUACACGAUGCGAUCGAUGUGUGUGUCUCUCCAUCGCAUGUAUCUAUUGGUGUUUGCAGAGGGCCUUCGCCAGCAUGUACCUGACGAUGGCCUCCGCAAGACCACAAAGCCAAGCCACGUCCUGCUGACAGGGCCAACAGGGAGCGGCAAGACAGAGGUGAGAAGUGCCGUCGAGCCAUCAGACAGCAACUUGCCGUCGGGUCCUGUGUGCAGCUGAGUAUCGCAUUCGGGGGGUGUGCCGCUCAGUCUUCCUCGAUGUCUGCCUACAUUAUAUAUAUACUCUGGUUGUCCUAUGUGUUGCUGACGACGCUCUAUGCACAUGUCUCGCCCGUGUGGCCUACGCCCCAAGCUCAGUGGACCAGAUCAUCGCCAUCGGCUUUACUUUCGGUUUCAUCUUUUGCACAACGAGAGCGGUGCAAAAACUGGCGGCGCCUGAUCGGGUGGGUGGGGGCUAUCACUGCCUACAUUUUAUAUGUGGUGAUUGGUGUUGUAGAUUCAUCCCUUGCCAGGGAGGGACGGGCUGAUGUGGAUGGAUGUUGGUCGUUUACAUUACACAGAGAGACUUACGGGAGGGACACAUUGAAAGCCAAGUCGUUUCACCCUUCCUGGCCAUCCCAUACAUCCAGUGAGUGGAUCGGAUCGAGGGGUCAGUGUGUGAGGGCCUGUUGGCGCACAGCCAAGGAGGAUCACCGCGGAACAGAGCACACAGGCACAUAGUAAGGCACAUGCCAUUCAUGUCAGCGAACGAACUCACAAAGG